GAGUUUGCGCCACCAUGGCCGGGCAUCACCUGGAGGUACCCCGGCUGGAGGGUGUUUCGCAGGAGCAUUUCAUGCAGCAUCUCUACCCUCAGAGAAAACCUCUGGUGUUGGAAGGAAUUGAUUUGGGGACAUGCACAAGCAAAUGGACAGUGGAUUACCUAACUCAGGUUGGAGGGAGGAAAGAAGUGAAGAUUCACGUUGCCGCCGUUGCCCAGAUGGACUUCAUUAGUAAGAACUUUGUGUAUAGAACUUUACCUUUUGACAAAUUGGUUCAAAGGGCAGCUGAAGAAAAGCAUAAAGAAUUCUUCAUUUCUGAGGAUGAGAAGUACUACUUACGGUCACUUGGGGAAGACCCUAGAAAGGAUGUUGCAGAUAUCAGAAAGCAGUUUCCUUUAUUGGAAGGAGAUAUUAAGUUUCCAAGAUUCUUCAAAGAGGAGCAGUUCUUCUCCAGUGUUUUUCGAAUUAGCUCCCCAGGAUUACAACUUUGGACCCACUAUGAUGUAAUGGAUAACUUCUUAAUACAAGUGACAGGAAAGAAGCGUGUUGUACUGUUCAGUCCUCGAGAUGCCCAAUAUUUGUAUUUAUCAGGUACUAAAUCAGAAGUACUGAAUAUAGAUAACCCAGACUUAGCGAAAUAUCCACUGUUUUCAAAGGCUAGAAGAUAUGAAUGUUCCCUUAAAGCUGGAGAUGUAUUAUUCAUUCCUGCUUUAUGGUUCCAUAAUGUAAUUUCUGAAGAGUUUGGAGUGGGAGUGAAUGUCUUUUGGAAGCACCUUCCAUCUGAAUGCUAUGAUAAAACAGAUACCUAUGGAAAUAAAGAUCCUACUGCAGCGUCAAGAGCUGCACAAAUUUUGGACAGAGCCUUGAAAACACUGGCUGAAUUACCAGAGGAAUACAGGGACUUCUAUGCACGGCGAAUGGUCUUACACAUACAAGACAAAGCCUACAGCAAAAACUUUGAGUAAAUAAUGAAGUGAAUGCAAUACAUACGAACUUAAAUACAGUUAAGCUCAAAUAUUAGAAAAAUAUAAUUCUUUGUUAAAAGAGGAAAAUCAAUUUCAGAUUUUACAGUUUAAAUACAAAGGGGUGUUCCCAUGGUAUCUACUUAAUACAGAUCAUUACGGCUCAAAGAAUGCUGUACUGGGGCCACUUUUCAGCUUUCAGAUGCAAAAAAAAGAACCCUAAAAAUUUAACUUAAAAUGACAAGACAAGGUAUUGAGUUGUAAUACACGAAAUCUACUGACAUAUCAGGCUGCGGUGUUUCUCAUCCAGUGAUCAGCUGUGUUGUUCAGAACGUCUGGGUUUUUUCCCUCGUCUUCAGCUGCAGCAUUGGCAGAAUCCUAAGGCGGCUGCCUUCGUGGAAUGGUUACCAGUAGCAGUUCAGGCCAAGUGCACCUUCACUUACAUGCUGUGGAGGAGUCAGGCUGGAUUCCAUGGGCCCCCUCUUAAUAUGGGAAAAUUCCAAAACCUGCUACUAUGAUUUGCUACCCAAAUCAUUGGGUCUCAUUGAUGUGGUUAGACCAUACCACUUGCUGAGCCAGUUGGUAGCAAGUGGUAUGAACGAACCCUUAACCCAGUCCAUUCUACUUGAGCUGGAAGUAGAAUUUUCUUCCUCUAAGACACAUGUAGGCAGAAUGGGUGAUUUUUCACAUCAGAAUUCUGGCAAAAAAGGAAAAAAGGCGGGCAGCCAACAAUGUCUACUACAUUAAUCUUUUGAGUUCCUAAAAAUACAUGCCUAGGUCCAAACUUUAUAGACUUAGAUAGGUAUCUGUAUUUGAUAGACCUUAUAGGUUGUUUUAAUCCAUAAUUAGGGUUGAGAACAGUUGGAUUACCAGAUGAUAAUUUGGAUUACUAGUUCUGUGAUUCACACAAAUGUUUAAUCUGAUCCUGGUUUUUCUGGGCAUCCAGUGUAAGUCAAGCCUGCCCCCUAGUUUUUAAACGUCAGAGCAAUAUUCAAAUCAGUUUUAAUUUAUACCGAAGGCUAAGUUUUCACUGAAUUAAAGUUUUCCUCAAUAAAUGCUUUUCCACCUUUCUCCUAUUUCAAAAAGAAUUUUUAAUACAUGAGAUAUCCCAACAGUGUUAUCAUUGAAGACAAUGAGCCAUUGUAUGUAGAUCUGUGCUGCUCUUUGUUUGGACCUGGUAAUUAUUUGCAUUGUCAUUAAAGACAAAAUGGAUUUACUGAACACAAAUGUGCCCAUCUAAAGCAAUCUGAAUAUACAUAUUAGGUGCAUUUUAGAGAAAAUAAUUUCCUCUGUUGAAAAUAAUUCAUGUAGUCAUAUCCUGUGUUUAUUUUUAAUUUUACUAACUAAAGGUCAGUAGUUUACAUUAGGGUUCACUCUGUACAGAGAGCAGAUUGGUGAUUGCCAGAAGUGGAGGUGGGAGGAAUGGGCUUAUAAUACUGGUUUAGUGGUAACAGACUCCCUUAGCUUUUUCUUAUCUGGGCAGCUCUUUAUUUCUCCUUCAAUUUUAAAUGAUAGCCUUGCUGAGUAGUCUUGUAGGUCCUUGCUUUUCAUUCCUUUGAAUAUUUCAUGCCAGUCCCUUCUGGCUCACAUCCUGUGUUUAUGGUUGGAUUAAUUUCAGGUAUGAAAAGAAAAUUACAAUAGUAAAGGAAAAAUAUAUAAAAAUUGCUCUGAACUUCCUAGAAGUCUUUGAGAAGAGAUAUUUCAGUAACUCAGGUCAACACAAGUGAAGAGUGUCAGAAAAGGAAUUGUUCUAUUAAGCUAGAUCUAACUACUAGAUUUUUGAUAUGUGGUUACUUAUGUAAGCAAAGACCUUUUAAAAAGACUUUUUUUUCCCCUUUGCAAGGAAUAGAAAAUAAAACCUCUGUUAAUUUGAACAGUAUUUAUAGUCAGCUUGUUAAUAAACCCUCCUUCAUUUUG